UGCCAUCCGCUCCGCUCAGCCAGUCCCAGACAGUAAAAGGUGAUCUGUCUGCAGAACUGUGAGGACGCACCUGAAGAGUGCCACUAGUGGGCUUUGGGCUCAGCAAGCAAAGAGAGAUACUGGAACUUUUUGCUGUGGAAACUUUGUGAAGGACCCUGAAGUUCACGUUCUUUCUUUUCUUGUUUCAUCCCCUUCAAUGCGAGGCAUACCUCUGCGCUGAGGAGGCCACCUGUGCGGACUUGUCCGCACCCCAAGUAGGGGAGUGAAACCCAAGCAGACACACCUUUCCAUUUUUUUUGGCUAUUCGCCGCCCCAUCCCAGUCUCUGCCGCUCUCUGAAAGCGGAGGAAUAACAGAUCAGCUCGCUGAAAUGUCCGCAAAUGAAAGAUCGACCCGAGCUUUCAGAGAGAUCCUGCAGAAGCCUGGAAAUGACGCCUGCGCAGACUGUGGCGCACCAGACCCUAAUUGGGGCUCCUGCACACUGGGAGUGUUCAUCUGCCUGGCCUGCUCUGGAAUUCACCGCAACAUUCCCGACAUCAGCAAGGUCAAGUCACUGACCCUGUCCCGCUGGGAGGACCAUGAGUUGGAGUUCAUGGCUCAGAAUGGCAAUGAGCUCAUGAAGAGCAAAUAUGAGGCCGCUGUUCCAGUCUACUACUACAAACCAACCCACAAGGACUGCCAGGUGUUGAGGGAGCAGUGGAUACGAGCGAAGUACGAAAGGAGGGAGUUCUCUGAGCCUGGAAAAUUCACAUAUGAAGAAGGAAUAAGAGAUGGCAUGUUGAUGAAAAGAGGGCGGGACAACGGGCAGUUCCUCAGCAGGCGAUUUGUCCUUUCAGAGAGGGAGGGGACUCUGAAGUAUUUUACCAAAUAUGAUGCUAAGGAGCCCAAAGCAGUGAUAAAGGUGGACAGCAUCAAUGCAACCUUCCAGCCAGAGAAGAUAGGAAACCCCAACGGCCUGCAGAUUACUUACCUCAAAGACUACAGCACCCGAAAUAUGUUUGUCUACCAUGACAAUGGCAAGGAGAUUGUUGACUGGUUUAAUUCAAUUCGUGCUGUUCAGCUUCACUAUCUAAAGGUGGCCUUUCCCGGGGCAACCGAUGCUGAGCUGGUACCCAGACUUACCCGAAACUUUGUCAAGGAAGGAUAUAUGGAAAAGACAGGUCCCAGGCAAACAGAAGGUUUCAAGAAACGCUGGUUUACACUGGACCACAGGCGGCUCAUGUACUUCAAAGAUCCACUGGAUGCCUUUGCCAAAGGUGAAGUUUUCCUUGGGAACAAGAACUAUGGUUACAGUGCCUCCUCCGGCUUGCCUGCUGGCACCCACUGCAAUGGUGCCUUUGAAUAUGGUAUCACCAUACAAACACCUGACCGCUGCUUCUUGUUUACUUGCGAGACAGAGAGUGACCAGCAGGACUGGCUGAAGCGCUUCAAUGAUAUCAUGAGUGCUCAGAUGUCUCCGCAGGAAUAUACAAAUCUGUGGCCAUGUAUCUUGGACAUUCAGUGAAGUAAGGAGCUGAGCUGUCAAAUCAUUAUCACUUGAUGGAGAGUUGGAUCAGGCGAUGGGUGAAGACAAGACUGGUUUACCCAAACGUAUAGUGAGUUUGAGCUGGGAGCUAAGGCAGAGGCCACAGUCCGUGAAAUCUUCAAUUCCCACCUCUAACAAAGCGUUAGCUUUCUGAAGGAGACUGGGGACACUAAGUAUGAGUGGACCAAAUUCUGCACCACCAUUGCUAAGUCAAUGUAAUGUAGCUUUGCAGUGGGUAAUGGGACUGAACAGAAACCUGUAUGCAGAUGGACACCUGACAAGGUUUGUCCGGAAUGAAUUAAGGCUCUGGAUGUUGUGGGACUGUCUUGGUUGACAUGUCUCUGCAAUGUGUUUGGGGAUGUUUCUCUGAAUUGGCAGAUUGGGGGUGAUACUCUAGUGAUGCAUGGAUCACACUUCUCAGCCUUCCAAAGAAGGUCUAUGCCAGAGUGCUCGAGAAGGACUUCGACCUAGAGAAAGCAUUUGAUCACAGCCCUCAGGAUCUCAUCUUUACCAUUUGAUGAUGAUGUUUAUGUUGGUUUCAUCAUAUGGUUCCAUCAGCUUACACUGGGGCAAUUUUCAACCGAGUGUGAAGUGGCAGAAAUGAGAAUUACCACCUUUAAGUCCAAGGGUACAGUUCUCACCUGGAAAAGGGUGGAGUACCCACUCAAAGUCUGAAAUGAGUUACUUGCCCAAGUGGAAGUACUCCAGGCCUAAUUCACAAGUGAAGGGAGAGUGGAUUGACAGAGAGAUUGGUGCAGCAUCAGCAAUGAUGUGAAAGGCUGUAAUCUGUUAUGGCGAAGAAAGAGGUGAAAGCAAUUUACCAGCUGAUCUAUGUUCAACCAUGGCCACGGUAUUUGUGUAGUGAUUGAAUGAGACUACAUAUAAAAGCUGCGGAAAUUAAUUUCCUGUGUAGGUUGGCUGGGCUCAACCUCAGAGAUGGGAUGAUGAGUUAAGUCAUGCAGGAGGGGAUUCUACUCCUUUACGUCUAAAGGAUGUGGACUGGUUUGGGUAUUUAACUAGGAGGGCUCAUGGAUGCCUCCUGAACAAGGUGCUUCAAGCAUGUCCUACCAGGAGGAGUCUCUGGGGGAAACCCAGGACAUGCUGGAAAAUAAUUAAGUGUAUUAUAUAGAUGGAUUGAUGGCUUCAAGGAUGUAUGCAUGGAUAGAUAGACAGAGACAGGUCCACCAAAAACACUUGCAAAAUCGUACAUACUUAUUUUAUUUAAGGUGCAUUGCUAUAGCCUUUGUUCAGUUUCAGUCACUGUUAGCAUGCUUUUCCUUGAUGCUUGAAUGCUUCCCAUACACUCAUAAAAAGGGUAGACUAAUUAUUUUGCAUCCCUUUUACAUCUGUGUGGGCUGUGAUUGGUGCCUUCUCAGUUUUAAAAACAGUUUUCAGGUAAGCUUAUUGGUUAGAUUUUUCUAAAUCAACUUUGUAUUUGAAUAAACAUGGUGGCUAAUUUUUUUCAACUUUCCUGGUCCAAAAUUAUUGUUCCAGUCUGCCAAAUCAGACAGUUUGGCAAUAUUUACUAGUGUUUGAUUUUACAGCUUGAGAAGGACCAAGCCCUCAUUUUAAGAAAUUGUGUUUUCUUUACAUAAAUUGUGUAAAGAAGGUAAAAAAAAAAAAAAACCCUCAGAAAUAUUAGCAUUAGUGAAAAGCUUUGUGCAUACCACAGAUACUCUAGCAUUUCAUUUAAGAAAGUUUCAAACACACUAGGUAGUGUACUCAUUUCCGCAAAUGCCUUCUAGUUUAUGGAUACACAUACAUGGGUAUUUUUUAAAACUGUGAUUUUCCGCUUUGUUUUUGAAAAUAUCUCCAUCCACACGAAAGUACAAAAAGCUGCAUCAAGCAGCAUCAAGAAAAACCAAAGUGUAAUACAAUAAUACAAGAUAAUAUAAUAUAUAAUACAAUAACAUGGUGCACUGUCUGAUGUCAACAAGUUUUUCAAAAGUUUUGAGUGACUUAAAAUGUCAUUUAUAUAUGGAUGAAAGGCCAAAACGUGUAGAAAAAGCUAAAUUUUCCAAAAUAUAUAAGUGUAGAAAUGGCCUUAAAGUCCAAAGUUUGUAUGUUAACAUUAGUAGUCUAAUAAGUAGAUGUAAAGUAAAGAUUGUACCGGUUGUUGUGUUAACUGACUGACAGUAACAAUAACUCCAUAUUUAGAAAGAAAUGUUUACUGUGUUCUUGGGGUGCAUGUUGGCAUACAUGCUAAUUAGCACUGAACAUAAAGUACAUCGUGGCAGUUUACAUUUGUCAACAACAAGUUUUAAUGACAAUACCAAUAAAAGCCAGUCAUACAAAUUGGCUGGUCUUUAUGGGUUAACUGGACAUUUUCUUUCCUAACUUUGGACUUUUUU